CAUCAUCACUUCACUUCACUUCCCUUCUUUCUCUCUUCUCUCUCAAUUAAUAUCAGAUAAUUAUUAAGUGUAUGUUAUAUAGUUCAUAUUAUUAUUAUUAUUAUUGGUUGUGUUCAUACUGAGCCUCAUGGCUGAUUUAGGUUCAAGGAGAAUGUGGUGUUCGGUGCCGGAAAGGCUCCAGCUGCAUGGAGCCAUGUUGGCCUUGCAGUUUGGUUAUGCUGGGUUUCAUGUUGUUUCAAGAGCUGCCCUUAAUAUGGGCAUUAGUAAGCUCGUCUUCCCAGUUUACAGGAACAUCAUUGCCCUGCUUUUGCUCCUUCCUUUUGCCUAUUUCUUAGAGAAGAAGGAGAGGCCUGCCAUGAACCUAAAUUUUACUAUACAGUUUUUCUUCCUCGCUCUUAUUGGAAUAACAGCAAACCAGGGAUUUUACUUACUGGGUUUAGAAAACACAUCACCAACCUUUGCUUCAGCAAUUCAAAACUCAGUCCCGGCCAUAACUUUUCUUAUGGCAGUUCUACUCCGUAUUGAACAAGUGAGACUAAACAGAAAAGAUGGUAUAUCAAAGGUGAUAGGAACCAUUUUCUGCGUGGCGGGAGCCUCAGUCAUAACAUUAUACAAGGGUCCAACAAUCUACAGCCCAUCUCCACCAUUACUACAACACUACUCAGUUCCAGUUGUUGGAGGUGGUGAUAUUGGUGCGAACGGCAAGAGCUGGACCUUGGGUUGCGUUUACCUUAUUGGUCACUGCCUUUCGUGGUCAGGUUGGCUUGUUUUGCAAGCCCCUGUUUUGAAGAAGUACCCAGCUCGUCUCUCAGUUACGUCUUGGACUUGUUUUUAUGGUCUUAUUCAGUUCGUGAUUAUUGCUGCCAUUGUUGAGAGAGACGCUCAGGCCUGGAUUUUUCACUCUGGUGGAGAAGUUUUCACCAUCUUCUACGCGGGAGUGGUGGCAUCAGGGAUUGCGUUCGCUGUACAGAUAUGGUGUAUCGACAGAGGAGGCCCUGUGUUUGUGGCUGUGUAUCAACCUGUUCAGACCCUAGUUGUCGCUAUCAUGGCCUCCCUUGCCUUAGGCGAGGAGUUCUACUUAGGAGGGAUCAUUGGGGCAGUACUGAUCAUAGUGGGACUAUACUUGGUGCUGUGGGGUAAAAGUGAAGAAAGGAAGUUUAUUGCACUUGAAAAGGCUGCGAUCCAAGGCAGUACACAGGAGCACACCAGCAGCAGUAGUAGCAGGACACCCGCCCAUAUCAAGACCUCUCUCACUCAGCCACUUCUCCAUUCUUCAACUGAGAACGUUUAAUAUCAUUAUCAUCACCAUGGCCUUCUUUUAGCUAUACGUACUACACCAACCAGUGCUUUGGCUACUUUGUUUUUGCUUUUGAUAUUAUUGUGUUGUUGUUAUUUACAUCUCUUUUGAAGUUGAGUUUUUUUUUUUUUUUUCCUUUCCAUUACUUGGAUGAUUAUAUUAAGAUGAGAUUACGUACCAAGUACUUGAAAUAUUCAGAUAUAAUUAAGUAAGCAUGAAGUAAAGAACACAACAUAAUUUUCUGUUA